AUGUACCAUUGGGUCCUGCAGGGCAUGCAGGCCACGGCAGCGGCGCUGCCGUUCCUAGGAACGGUGGUGGACGCGCCGUUUGGCAAGUUUGGAUUGCCCAGCCGCUGGAAUGUGCAUGGCAAUGCGGGAUGGAUGGUCAUGGAAUGCGUGGCGCCGAUAAUCACGACCUUGUCGUUUUUUUCUGUGUCGGCUCACCACGAGGUGCAUGUGUGGGCUUGGCGGAUGCUGAGCUUGUUUCAGCUGCAUUAUGCGAACCGUGCCUUGAUACAGCCGCUUCUCAAUGCGCCCCGGUCGCCCUUGCACAUCUCGGUGGUCUUGAGUGCUGUGGCUUUUAAUGCGGCUAAUGGCUUUUUGAUGGGUACCUGGCUGGCCCACGGUGGCUCUGCGCCGCCGCCGGGCAUGAAGCUGUGGGCCUACAUCGGUCUCGUCCUCUUUGUCUUGGGUUUUGUGGGCAAUGUGUACCAUGAUGCUCUACUGCGUUCGUUGCGUCUGAAGCCUCCGUCAUCAUCGGAACAAGUGGUGCAGCAUGGUGCAUGUAUCUAUCGGAUUCCGCAUGGCGGUCUAUUUCGGUGGAUAAGCUAUCCCCACUAUGUCUGCGAGUGGAUUGAAUGGACUGGAUACGCGCUCACAUGUAUCGCUGUGGUGCCACAUACGCCCGAUGCGCUCGUGUCGUAUCCGCCGGUCCUGUUUGUCAUGCUCGAGGUGGGUGCCAUGCUGCCGCGUGCGAUGCGUGGACAUGCAUGGUAUCAACGCCACUUUGCCACGUAUCCCGCCCGAUGGGCCAUAGUGCCGUUUGUGUAG